AGCAGCUAUUUCUAUUAUUAUUGUUGCUGUGAGUACGCAGCACUCUAGAUCUCGUGCCUUCAUUGCUUUAGACACCGGUUUUUGUUUUCCUAGCUAUCAACGUGUUUUGGCGAAACGCAUUUUCUCGUUCCUUGCUUACCUUUCCACCGCACUGUGGUGAGAAAGAUACGUUUUUGAGUUACUAUUAUUAUUGUUAAUUAAAAAGGUAGCUGUUAAACGACGCUUGGACUGCGAUGUCGGUCAUUAAAAUUGAGGAGGUCAUCUCGACCACCAAGAAGGAGCGGGUGGCAGCCCACAGCCACGUCAAGGGGCUCGGUCUCAACCUGGAUGGCUCCACAAAGGACAUCGCGGACGGCUUCGUGGGUCAAAAGACGGCGCGCGAGGCGGCCGGCAUCGCCGUGGAUUUGAUCCGGUCCAAGAAGAUGGCCGGUCGUGCGCUGCUCUUCGCCGGGCCGCCCGGCACCGGUAAGACGGCGCUCGCCCUCGGCAUUGCGAAGGAGCUGGGCCCGAAGGUACCCUUCUGUCCGAUGGUGGGCAGCGAAGUGUACAGCGCGGAGGUGAAGAAGACGGAGGUGCUCAUGGAGAACUUCCGCCGGGCGAUUGGCCUGCGCAUCAAGGAGAACAAGGAAGUCUACGAGGGUGAGGUGACAGAGCUGCGGGCGGAGGAGACGGACAACCCGCUCGGCGGCUAUGGCAAGUCCAUCUCGCACGUCAUCAUCACCCUCAAGUCGCAGAAAGGCUCGAAGCUGCUGAAGCUGGACGCGGCCAUCUACGAGAGCUUGGAGAAGGAGAAGGUGUCGGUGGGCGACGUCAUCUACAUCGAGGCGAGCUCCGGGGCAGUGAAGCGCGUGGGCCGCAGCGACGCCUACAUCGGCGACCAUGACCUGGAGGCGGACGAGUACGUGCCGAUCCCGAAGGGUGACGUGCACAAGAAGAAGGAGGUGAUUCAGGACGUGACGCUGCACGACCUGGACAUGGCGAAUGCGAAGCCGAACCAAGGCCAGGACGCGCUCUCCAUCGUGAGCAGUCUGGUGCGUCAGAAGAAGACGGAAGUGACGGAGAAACUGCGGCAGGAGAUCAACAAGGUGGUGAACAAGUAUAUCGACCAGGGCGUCGCGGAGCUCGUCCCCGGCGUUCUGUUCAUCGACGAGGUUCACAUGUUGGACAUUGAGUGCUUCACCUACCUUAACAAGGCGCUGGAGUCAACGCUGGCGCCUGUUGUGAUCUUUGCAACGAACCGUGGCAGCUGCCGCAUCCGCGGAACUGAGAUUCGCGCCCCGCACGGCAUGCCCACCGACCUGCUAGAUCGUCUCCUCAUCAUCCGCACCUCCAACUACAACGUGAGCGAGAUCACCUCGAUUGUCGAGAUCCGCGCGCAGGUAGAGGGGGUAAAGAUUGCGGGGACGGCGGUAGUCAAGCUGGGCGAGAUCGGAGAGAGCACCUCGCUGCGCUACGUGGCGCAGCUGCUCACCCCGGCGCUCAUCAUUGCGGAAACUAAGGGUCGCGAGAUUAUUGAGGAGGAGGACGUGGAUAUGGUGAAUGAGCUCUUUAAGGACGGAAAGGCAUCCGCGCGUCUUCUGCAGGAUCACGCUGAGGAGUACGUCUACCAGUGA